AUGGCCCGAGAUAUCCUUGCUAUUCAAACAUCAUCAGUAGCAUCAGAGAACGGCAAUUUCAGACGACUCCAUAACUUGCAUAUCUCAAUCGUUUUCUACACGUCCAACUGGUUUGGUGCAAUUCUGGGAAAACUUUUUGGUCAUCCAUUUGAUUUUUUAGCCGGAAAGUCAUGCAGCUUAGUAUGCGGCCCGACAUGGGAUUUCUUCUGUUACAUAGAGAACUUUUGCAUUUCUCAUUUGCUGAAACUGGCCAUGGUCUCAAUCCUAUUCUAUUUUGUUCUCUUGUUCUUGUAUUUGCUAUACAAGUUGGGCAUAUGUGGGUGCAUUUGUCACUUGCUUUGCAGAAGUACAUGGGCAUGCUUCUCUACAUGUUUUUCAGUCUUAGAUUGUUGUUGCACUUUUUUCUGCUUCAAGCUUCAACACUUUCUUAUCAAACCUCGGCAUAAAAGGCCAAGAAGAAGACAUCAAAGAGAUAUUGAAGGUGUCUAUAUUUCUAGUACUUUUUCAGAAGAAGAACAAGGUCAAGGAAGUUUAUAUCACAGAGCGUCUAGAAAAAUUGAAGGAAGAAGAUCAGUAAGGGAUCAAAGGAAAGAGCAUUUCAGAAGGUCUUUGAGGCCAAAGAAUAAUAAGAUGCAUCGACGGCGAAGAAGAUAAUGAAUAUUCUGUCACCUCAUGUAUUCUAAUUGAUUUUGUAGAUUUUAUUACAAGUGACAAGUCAUCUUAUUCUCAA